AUGUCAAAUGAAACAGCGUCUAUGAGAGAAAUACAACACAACCGACAACUCAUUAUACAAGCUCUAAAUAAGAACACAACAAACUUUUCAAACUAUUCUAAGAUAUCUGAGUCAUUGAAAGAAGGAAACUUAAAACUGACAUUAAACCCAAUGACAGAUGAGUUUCUGUUUCAAGACAAUAAGAACCAUACUGUCUGUAUAAAUCCAACAAAAGGAACUUUAAACGAGAAACCUAUAAAUGAACUUCUUUUGAAAGCAGAUGUUGACAACAAAGCUGACAAAGAAUAUGUCAUUGAAAAAGCAAAAGAACAUGACAGAGCAGAUGCAACAUAUGCAACGAAAGAACAUACUCAUCCUGAACUAGCAGACAAAACAUAUGUUGACAAUAAAAUGUCAAGUGAAGUGACAAGAGCUGAAAACGAAUAUUCUAAAAAGACUCAUACACAUUCUAUAUCUGAAAUAACAGACUUAAACGUUAGCCUUGAAAAUAAGGUAGAUAAGGGACUUAUGGCUAGUGCGUUAGAGAAGAAAGCAGAUAAGGAAUAUGUUAACGAAAAAGAUAAAGAAAUUAUAGAAAGGGUUGACUGGUACCAUGAAUGGACAUCGAAGACUUUUAAAGUUAAAGCCGAUACAGGAUGGGUUUCAGGAUGUUUAGACCUUAAAGCAGAUAAAACUUAUGUUAACGAUGAGUUAGAGAAGAAAGCAAAUAAGAACCAUACACAUACAAGUUUUACAACUGUUGCUAUAGAAAGUAUUGAAGGAACGGUUGAAGAAACUGGUGGGGAUGUAUUAUAUUGUAAACCUCCUAACUUUCCACAAGGUUUAACAUCGGAUGACGACAUAACGACGAUGAGAAACAUUAGAUGUAAAGAUGUUUAUGUCAUGAAGGAUGAACAUAAUAUUAAAUUCACUGCUCAAGAUUUAUAUGACAAGAAAGCAGACAAAACAGAGCUUCAAACAUUAAAGACAGAAAUGCUUCAAACAUUAUAUCCUAUAGGCUCUAUUUAUACGUCAAUGAACUCUACCAGACCAGAAACAGUUCUGGGUUUUGGAACUUGGACUCAAAUAGUCGACAG